AUGUCCUCUACUGAUAGUGAUGAUCCUUGGGCCGAAUAUCGCAAUAAAAACAACAUUGCGGAUCAAGUGGUCUCGGCCAUUUCCAAAGAUGGCGGAAUCAAGGUGACGGCCUGUACAAUUCGCAAUAUGGUGAAAUAUUUGAUGAUUCAACACACCAUGACCAACACUCCCAUUCAAGCCAUUGGACGGACCAUGACCUGUGCCUUGUUAAUGUCCAAUGCAAUGCAAGACGAACAAACCUUGCAAAUCACUCUGAAUUGUAAGUACCGUGUAUUGUUGUUAUCAUGGCAUGGCAUGGCAUGGCAGAGAGGGAUGUGUUCACGCUAA